AUACCAAGUAGUUAUAGUUUAUGCCUCAUCAUCCUCUUUUGUUGUAGAUUAAUAGUUAAAAUCUAUACCUCAACAAAGUUUCCAAAGUUCAAAGAAAUGAGCAUGGGAAAGAUAACUCGUAAUAAAACGUAUAGUGAACUACGGCACAAUAAACUUCCAGCAACUAGACCCCGAGGAAGACCUCCAGGAACUCGAAGAGGAAUUAUAGAUUUAGAUUCUAUUCCUACCAGUAAUACCAGUAAGAAUAAUAAUACACAUCAAGAACAACUUCCACUACCAGAAGUACGCUUGCCAGCUAUACAACAAGAUCAACCUCCAAGUAAUAAUGACUCAUCGGCUAGUUAUGAAGCAGGAUCGUCUACAACCACCACAAGUACAAUUAUAACCAUUAAAAUGACAACAAUUACGCACACAGAUGCAAAUAAUAAUUCAACUACAACAACAACAGUCACAACUGAUAUCUCUCCAGUUACCAGUGAUACAAUAUCUUCUGAUCCUGCGAAUGUUUCAGUGGAGACGAGGGAAUUGCCAUCGCAGAUGGUUCGAUUCCCACCACGGAUAACUCCAACUCAUGCUGAAAAUAAUGAUAGCGCGACAAAUAAUGCCGAUAACACUGACAAUGCUGUUAAUGGGGUUAAUGCUUCUAAUGUUUCUAAUGUUUCUAAUGCAAUAAAUACACUUAAUACAGGAAUUCCAGUGUCUGUUAAUAAUGGUGUUCAACAACAACAUGGAAUAGAUUCACUGAUAAAUAGUGUACCUAAUUUAGGGAGGCCUAUUCUUCAUUCUACCAGUAUGGCGAGAACACCAAGCACCGCAACCAUUAAUUCAAAUGGUACAAGCUCAAGUCCAAUAUUGGAUUCUUCCUUCGUUGAUUCUAAUACUGUUGCUUCUGAUACAAGUUGUUUGAUGAAUCGACUCAGUCAUUCUCCAAUGAGCAAUUCUCCAAUUUUAUCAUCAAGUGCCUUAGCUAGGCCAAAAUACUAUCGUUUACCUGAAUUAGACACUUUGAAUACCGUUUAUGAUGUAUGGAACGAAUGGAAUGUGGGUUUAGGUGGAAAUCCAUCGGUAAUCGCAUUAUUAGAGACUUAUGGAACAAAAUGGGCAACCGAGAAUAAGGAAACUUUGCUUUUGCGCAAAAAACUUAUAAAAGAGAUACAGCAAAGGUCAGGUACUAUUGGUGUUGACGAAGCCAUUAAUGAAUUAGAAAGAAUGAAAAAUGAAAACAAAUUAAGUUGGUUAUCGAAAAAAUUUGGAAAAAAAAGAACUCUUCAUCAUCAUCAUCGUCAUCACAAUAAUAAUCGUCAUCAUCGUCGUAAUCAUGCAUAAUAGCUGCCGCUGUUGCUGUAAAUUUCUUUAUUUUUUUUUCUUUUUAUUUUUUUU